AUUGAGGAUUUUCUUUUAGGUUAUGUUUUAAAAUAAGUGGCAGAGUGUUGUUUUGCCACCAGGGAGAAUCCAACAGACUGUCAGAGUCAGCUGUGCGCGCCCACUUUGUGUCGCUUCGCUUCAUUUCUCAGAAGUGGACACUGAACGGCUUCAUCCUUGCUCGCAGAUCCUCUACUCGCUCUUUGUGUCAAUUUGUCGAACGGAAAAGGCAACUUUACGUGGCCAGGGGUCCGUCCAUGGCUGGGUCCAAGUGCACGGGGACGCUCAGAGAUCUGCAGCUCGCUCUUCAGCUAAAAAUUGAGGAGCUGCGGCAGCGAGAUGCGCUUAUUGACGAGCUCGAGCUGGAGUUGGACACCAAGGACGAUCUGAUCCGACAGCUGCAGAUAGAGCUGGACAGACAUCGGAAACUGUCGCCGACGCCGUACACUUGCGGCAACUCUGGUGGGACCUCACUACCAUCCCCAGUGAUUCCAGAUGAGCCUCAGCGCACAAAAAGACAGGCUAUAUCUGCAGAGCCCACUGCCCUAGACCCCUCUCAACUAUCAGAUGUAACUUUGACCAGUUACUGCAAGACAAAGGAAUCCAGGGAGCUGAUCCAAAGAGCUCUAAUGGACAACGACUUCAUGAAACACCUGGAACAUGGACAGAUUGUUACAAUCAUGGACUGCAUGUAUCCCACAAGUGUGGCCAAGGGCUGCUGUGUUAUCCAAGAGGGAGAUGAUGGUUCUACUGUAUAUGUCUUAGAGGAGGGGAUGGUUGAGGUGACAAAACAAGGAAAGAAACUGUGUAGAAUUGGUCCAGAAAAGGUGUUUGGAGAACUAGCCAUUCUGUACAACUGCACGCGAACUGCUACUGUCACAGCUCUGACUGAUAUCAAACUUUGGGCUAUCGAUCGUCAGAUUUUUCAGACAAUAAUGAUGCGCACCGGUCUCAUCAAACAUUCUCAGUAUACUGACUUCCUGCGCAGCGUUCCCUCCUUUCAAACUCUCCCUGAAGAUGUACUCAGUAAACUUGCUGAUGUCUUAGAGGAGACUCAUUACAAUGACAGUGAUUACAUUAUCCGCCAGGGAGCCACUGGAGACACAUUCUUCAUCAUCAGUGAAGGACAGGUGAAAGUGUCCCAGCAAAACUCGAAUGAGGAGCAGGUGAUGGAGAAGAUUAUGUCCAAAGGAGAGUGGUUUGGGGAGCAGGCUCUGAAAGGUGAAGAUGUGCGCACAGCCAGUGUUACAGCUGUAGGGGAUGUCACCUGUCUCGUCAUUGACCGAGAGUCUUUCAAACAGCUCAUUGGAGGACUGGAUAGUGUCAACAAUAAACAGUAUGACAGCGAUGAACUCAAGGCCAAAUUACAGGCUGAGACAGAUUUCUUCUCCAGUGUGUCCCUCAAUGAUUUUAAUAUUAUCUGUACUUUGGGGGUAGGAGGAUUCAGUCGUGUGGAGCUGGUGCAGCUAAAGAGUGACCCAAAUCGAUCAUUUGCCCUGAAGGUGUUGAAGAAGAGACACAUCCUGGACACAAGUCAGCAGGGUCACAUCCUGUCAGAGCGCCGCAUUAUGAUUGAGGCUCAUAGUCCAUUCAUUAUUAGGCUGUACCGCACAUUUAGGGACAGCAAAUAUCUCUACAUGCUGCUGGAGGUGUGUCUUGGGGGAGAGCUAUGGACUCUGCUGAGAGACAGGGGUUUAUUUGAUGACAGCACCACACGCUUCUACACAGGCUGCGUUAUUGAGGCGCUGGCCUUUCUGCACUCCAGAGGCAUCAUCUACAGAGACCUGAAGCCAGAAAACAUCAUCCUGGAUCACAGGGGAUAUGCCAAACUGGCAGAUUUUGGCUUCGCUAAGAAAGUGGGUUUGGGUAAAAAGACAUGGACCUUCUGUGGAACCCCAGAGUAUGUCGCACCUGAGAUCAUACUGAACAAAGGUCAUGACAGUUCGGCCGACUGCUGGUCUUUAGGGAUACUCAUCUAUGAGCUGCUCAGUGGAAGUCCUCCAUUUUCAGGCUCUGACCCCAUGAAGACCUAUAACAUCAUACUCAGAGGCAUCGACAUGAUUGAGUUCCCCAAAAAAAUCACCAAGAGUGCUGCUAACCUCAUCAAACGUUUAUGCAGAGAUAACCCAUCAGAAAGACUGGGCAAUCAGAAAAAUGGCAUUAAAGACAUUCAGAAACACAAAUGGUUUGAAGGCUUCAAUUGGGAAGGCCUUCGUCAGGGAACAAUAGACUCUCCAUUUACACCUUCAGUGGAGGGGCCGCUAGACAACAGCAACUUUGACUAUUUCCCAGAGGACACUGAAGAGCCUCCUGCAGAUGAGGAGUCGGGCUGGGAUAUUGAAUUUUAACCAGAAGUGGACCCAGCAAACCAACACCAAUAGCAUGUGUAUUUAGAUUAUUACUGAAAUUAUGAAUGCUUCUAUCUUCAUGUUGACAUUAUUGUCAACAUUUCUUUUUUCCUCCACAAACACAUCACUUUCCUGUGUCCAAAUGACUGCAUUUUAGUUUUGAGAGAUCCCUGAAUUUUAUACCAGAAGUGUGUCUGUAAACACCUCAUACACCAUCUAGAGUAGACUAAAUUAAAACAUGCAGUAUGAUCAAUGAUUUUGGUUAUAAACCUUGGGGAUAAACACAAGAUAUAAACCUUGCAUUAAGAUAUUAAAAAAUAUUCAUAAGAUGGUAUGAAUGCAAUAUGUUUCCUUGAUAAUUAUGCAUUACGCUACAAGCUUUAAUAAUUUUGCUGGCCCACUUCCAAGAAAAAUAGAAAAAAGAAAACAUGGACAUGGACAAAAACAUCUAAACUCAAGCUCAAAGAAUAUAUUUUGUGAAAAAUAUUUUAAUUUGACCCAUCUUUUUGUACCUUUACUGGUGCUGUUUACGCUUCCUUUUUUCUGAUCCUUGGAAUUAAAAAUUUAGUUUUGAUUACAUUUCCUCUGAAACUACUUCUUACAUGUUAUGAAUUAAUGCCGACCAGGGGUUUUCUUGCUCUUUUGGUUUAGGGGAGGACAUUACCACAACCAAAUGACCUUCCAGUUUCCUGACUUGGCUUACCUUUUUAGUUUGUUUAUUGAAUUGCUGAGGUGGAGUUUGGUGUACAUACUGUAAUUAUGUCCGAUUGCAGUGGAAGUACUUUACUGUAGCAUGCACAUGCAAUAU